GAUGCCAAUGCAACAACCCCUCAUGCCAAUUUUCGCCCGUCCGACUUCCCGCGCCAUUGCAUCGCAGCCUCUUCUGCGUCACUUCAUCCGUGCUCGAUCUUUUUCUAGUGCUGCACCCCUAAGAUCUUCUACCACAGCUACAACUACUAGUGCUACCACUUACCGGCCAUCCGCAUCCACUCUUACCUCCAAACUUUUACACAUACAGCCAACCUUUCAAACCUAUCGCAUCCGCACAAUGGCCACCCAACAGAUUCCCGACCGCUACAAGCUCAUUUUCUUCGUGCCGCACUCCCACCUCGACGUCUGCAAAGACGCCGUUUUCGCGACCGGUGCCGGAACUUACCCCGGCGGCAAAUAUUCAAAAUGUUGCUUUCAAACACCCGGCACCGGUCAAUUCUUGCCAGGGGAAGGCGCCAACCCCGCGAUCGGAUCGGUGGGUGACGUGGAACAUGUCGAGGAGAUGAAGGUGGAGAUCAUGUGUGUGGGACGGACGAUCAUGUUGCAGGCUGUGGAGGCUUUGGUGAAGGCUCAUCCUUAUGAGCAGGUGGCUUAUGAGGUUUAUAAGAUGGAGAAUGUGUAAAUUGGCUAGGAGACGAAGGAUAAAUGCGAGGUGCUAGGAGGGCGAUCGGGCGAUAGGGUCGUCGGAACAUUUUGACGUUGAGACCCUAGACAUAAUUUGAAGUUAGUAGAUCGCUGGGCACUAGUUAGGAUUCAUGAUGAUCUCGAGACUGUAAAGCAGAACUUUCCCAGAGGAGGAGGACGCGACUCGAAUGUUGCUUGCAAUGGAUUUUCCCUAUGCGAUCAUUCUGUUCUAUUGGUAAGGCGGG